AUGAAGAAAGCUGGCAGCGGGGGAGAGGAAAUAGAUGAAUUGGAAAAUGCCGCUGAAGAAGGAAAGGUUUCUUUAAUAUCUAGAAGAAGGAAGAAAGAUGCGGAGCAAAAAGGAACUUUUGAGCCGGCGAACUCAGUCUGUGAAUGUGAGGAUGAAGAAUGUGAAGCGGACACUCACAAGACACCAACCGCAACCGACCACCGAUGCAUUUGUGCAUUCGAUCGUGUAACGCAUGACGCGUGGCCAUGUCACCCAAGGAGACGUAUUCCGCUGGAUCGCGAAGAUGAAACAUUGUUCUCAUGUCUGAACUGCGAAGUCCGACGAGAUGUUGAGUGCGUCGGUCGUACUUCAGAAGACGUCGAUCCAGCGCUCUGUGAGUUGUUUGAAGAGCCUCCUGUUUAG